GGGUUGCCAUGGCAACGAGCUCGCUGCGCGGAGGGUUUCCGAGCCUAGAGACCGCGCCUGCGAGGAAAGGCGGGGAGCCCCGCCCGGCCCCAGGCAUGGCCCAGGAGACGGAAAACCACGACCCCAUCGGAUCCAUCUUAAUCCAGGUCCAUGAAGAUCUUCAUCAAUUAAAGGAGAAAUUAACCCAAUUUUCACCUGAGGAAAGAGGCGAGACUCUAGACAUUCAGAAUCUUGAAACGGCAAUCAAAAGGACUGAAAUGGGGUUAAAGAUUCACAUUGAGAAGUAUUUAAAUGUUGUACACCACCACGUGUUAACGACUCCAAUUGAUGGUAACUUAGAUUCUUCUAAAGCUUCCAAAUGGUUGCUUCCAGCUGUAAUUGAUCAGAAAUCAUUUAUUUUCCCUCUGGAAUCAGGGGGUAAACUUUGGCAACCCCAACAACUGCACGGUUCAUUUCCACGUGCCUUUCCAAAAGUGAAGGUGAAGGCUCCGAAGUUAAUAAAAGGGUCCACCGUAUCCAACCUCACGGUUCUGCCAGCUUCUCACCGCUCAGAUCCCUACUUCACCCCCAUGCCAGUCUUACAAGAGGAUGCCAAUAAAGGGAUUCUAAGCAUGCUAGAACGAGGACUGAUUCCACCAACAGCAAGAAUUACCUUUCAGAAUCCACCCAUCAUACCCAGAGCGGCCCCUCUGCAUAGCUUUGAUGAAGCACGUAAGAUUUCUUUGACUACCGAAGCAGAAAUAUUUAAAGACUUUCCCGAGGUCCCGAAUGGGCACGUCUCUGAAUUGACUCCUCAACGGGGAGAGGCAGAAAAGUCAAGAGGAUAUCAUGAUAGGAAGACCUUGAAAACGACAACACCGUCUAAGUCUCCGCAUUUGCCGUGGGAACAUGACUUUUUUAUUUAUAAUGGAGUUGUAGACAAGACAGCCCCUGACUUCGUAGCAUUCAAGGAACAUUUCAGUUUGUCUUGGGGAAGUAUUUUCUCUCUAUUGGAACACAUCCAGAGGUUUCUCAGGGACUACGCGAUACCAGAAGUCAAAAUAAAAGGGAACAGUUUGGCAGCGCUCCUACCAGAGUUUGAGCUCAAGAAUAAACUUAGCAGGCAUGACCUCCUCUCGGUGUUAGAGAACCCGGUUCACAUCCAGAUGAUGUUAAACCUGCCGGGGCAAAGGUACAAAGGCCAAGAUGGAAAGACAGAGGCUGCCAGGAAGAUCCAAGCCACGUGGAAAUGCUACCGAGUCAGAAAACACUUCCUCCUUUACCGGCGGCAGAAGUGGGCUUCAGGAGUGAUCGCCAUCGCCUGGCUCUUACACUGCCACAAGGUCCGACUGAGGAAGCUCCUGAAGGAGUCACGUGAAAGACACCUGGAGAAUUUCCGCAUUCGAGCCAAGCAUCUGGCAGCCAACUGGAAUCGCAUCAGGACCUCCAGGAGGACUAUUAUCCAUAUCCCAUCAUUAGGAUAUUCCCAGCCUGUGCGACAAAAUAUUGCCGACUUCAACACGCAGCAGAACAUGCAGCUGGGGAGGCUGUGUGACAUCUUAGAUGCCAAUGUGAGCGUCAUCUACAUCUGCGCCAAUCAAAUGAAUGAUGAGUUACUGCUGUAUUACAAUAAAAUCCUGAGUCUACAGGCAGCUGUCAGAUCAGGGGACCUGGAGGACAGAAGUGACCUGCAGGACAGGUUCAAAAUUAUCACCCCUGAAGCUAUAAACAUCUUCACUAAGCAGCAUAUGUGCCUGGCCACUCACCUGAUGUACAGUCCCAAGGCGAUCAAAAGAAUAAAAAAUCUCAUCCGAGGGAAGGAAGCCUACAUUGUCGGCGGGCUCCUGCAUAGAGAUGAUCUGGCCGUGGCGGAUAUGUUAAACACACCCAUCCUGGGCCCGGAGCCUGAGCUGGCUCACCUCUACAGUACCAAGUCCGGAAGUAAACGGGUCUUUGACAGCGCCGCUGUGCCCGUCCCUCCUGGAGCGUGUAACAUCUAUGGUCACCAGCAGAUGAUGGAACAGGGGAGUCAGCUGAUCGUCGAUCACCUGGAAAUCCAACGCUGGCUCUUUAAAAUGGACUUCGAGUUUGGAGGAAAUGGGACUGCAUUUUGUGACAUUCCUUCCCACCUAAAGUGCUACAAGUGGGUCCUAAAGGAGAGUCACAGAUACGGCCGCGAAGACUGGAGCAAGAAAUGGGCACAAGAGCCAGCUUUGGUGAAGAUCUCCGAGGAGCUGGCGGGCAUUUUAGCACAGCACGCACAGCCAGUCAACAAGAAACGGUUCCCCACGUGGAGCAAAUUCCUCCAAACAUUUCUCAGUCAAGGAGGCGUGAUCGAAGCAUACCCACCUGCAGAGAGUGUCACCAACCUGAUGGUGGACAUGCUGAUAGAGCCCAACGGAGAAAUCAGGGUGCUGUCAACGGGGGACCAGUUUCAUGCCGAAGGCCCCUUCAUCUCCUCUGGGACCACCAUGCCUCAGACCUCAGUGGAUCCCCAAGUUCUCAGUUCUUUGUGCCUCCAAAUUGGAAAUGCUUGUAAAAUGAAAAAUGUGGUUGGUUACUUUUCCAUAGACCUGGUGACUUUUAUUGAUCCAAGCACCAUGGAGCAGCAGGUGUGGGCAACGGGCCUCAACCUCUCAUACAGUGACCAGCUGGCCCUGACGCAGCUCGCCUUGUACCUGACCAACGGCCACCUGGAUUGCAGCUUGAGCACCCUGCAGGUGCCCUGCUUUGUUCCCAAGAGAGAGAGGAGAGUGAGCCACCUGAACGCCCAGGCAAUGCCGUCGCUGGCAACCAGUCGCUAUGCAGUGAUGACCACCCAGCUGAAGCACAGCAAUCUCUCGCUGGUUUUCCACUAUGUUUUUCUCCAGAUGUGUAAGGCCCAUGGCAUCGGCUACAACAUCGAGGACAGACAAGGAACUGUCUUUAUAUUUUAUGAACACCUGAAGAGAGACAAGUUGGGAAUGCUAACAAUCGGUGAAGAUCUCCAGGGGGUCCUCAUGACCUUUGCUCGCAAUCUCUUCAUCAUCCAUCAAGAAAUAUCAGCACCUAAUAUGCAAGGCGAGACCAAUUUUAAGACCACCAUUGAUGACAUUGAAGACAUUCUAGGAGUAACAGAGGAAAACAAAAUUAGAUUUGAAGAAAAGCUAGAGUCCAAAGAUGAUAAAAAAAAAAAUCUCUCUAAACCUGACAAAUGAAUGAUCCUGGAAUACAUUACUGAUUUUUCAUUCCAACCUGGAGCCAAAAAAAGGCAACAUUUAUUUUGCUAUUAGGAAUAAAAGGUGGGGGAAGUCAGUUUGCUUUGUUUGCUAGGAGGUGUAUUAGAACAGAUUAUAAUGUAAUUCUUUUUAGAAAAAAUUUUAUUAAGUGAUGUUAUUUUACUUAUUAGACCAAAACCUAUUUGCGUUUUCAUUUGAAAGUAUUAAACAAUCUCUUCCUCUUCUCAAACUCAGGAAGAAAUAAUUUGUCAAAAAAGUUACAAGGGUUACUAUUAUCACUUCUGCCUCUACUGCUUUGUAAAUUUCAGGAUUACGGAGCUUUUUUUUUUAAUGUUUUAUAAAGUUGUUUCCCUCCUAUUUCCAAUAGUAAUUUGUCUUCUGCAUUUAAAAAAUUGAAUAAAGGCUUAAUCAUCGCUAUUUGGCAAAACACAAUGUCUUUUUUUCCAAGAAAACUACAUUUAUAUGGAUUUUUAAG